AUGCGUCUACAGAAAGAUAGCGAGCCCUGGGAUGGCUUUGUCCUCCCGGUCUCCAUUCCCGAUCCCUCUACGCGGACUCGCAAGGUCCUUAUCGUCGGUGCUGGUAUCGCCGGCAUAGCAAGUGCCCUGGCCCUGGCACACGAGCUCAAACCUCACGAACCCAACCUUCAGAUCACCAUCUUCGAGCGUCAUGAGGUGCUCUCGACCUCCGGUGGUGCGAUCAACCUUACGCCCGUCGCCCAACGACACCUUGACCGACUCGGUGUACUAUCCGAGCUGGACCGGCAAGGUGCCGAUGGCGGCGCGGACGUUGACGCCAUUGAGCUCAUCUCCAGCCGCUCCGGGCGCUCACUCGGCUCAAUUGAUUUCACUGAUGGUCAGGGCAAUGGCGUGAACGGCUACAAGGGCCGUCGAGUGAUGCGGAUCGUCCUCUCGCUCGCCAUGCUCUCCGUCGUCGAACGCCACCCGAACAUUCGCCUCGUCUACGGGAAGAAGCUCGCCCGCGUCACAGAGAGCCCCAAGGGCGAAACAAUCCUCCACUUCGAAGACAACACCUCUGCCACAGGCGACCUCGUCCUAGGAUGCGACGGCGUCCACUCCGCCCUGCGAACCUCUUACGUCGACCCCUCCCGACCCUCCGAAUACACCGGCCUCUCCUUUCUCCAGACAACAAUCGACACUCCCCCUCCACCACAGCCGCAAUCCCGCUCCGCACGAAACAGUACCAGCAGACCCAGCACAAGCAACAGCUCAAAUGGCAGCGCACAUAGCUACAGCAUUCGCAGCCUCCGCAAGUCCCCCAGCAUUAGCACACAUGCCUCCUCCUCGACACCUACUAUCUCCGCUGACCCAUCAUCCCCUUCUUCGCCCUCAAUGCAUCCACCACCCUUCCGAACAACGGGCCUCGUCCUCUCCCGUCACGGCGACCUCCUCGGCAGUUACUGCGACCGCUCCCACUCUACUCUCUUCCUCGCCGCCAUUGUGCAAAUGAACGAAUCUCUCCUCCCACGAUACCGAAUCGACGCCUCUCCUUCAGCCUCUUCCUCUUCUCAGUCUAACUCGCAUUACUUAACACCCCCUCACGUCGAUGAAACCCGCCGCCGCCUCGCCAUCCACGCAGCCUUGCAGGGCGAAAUACACUCCCGCUUCAGUCACGCCGGACACCCGUGGAUCAGGGACGUCGCGAAGCUAAAGACAAACUGGAUGCUGUACCCGGUGUACCAGGUCCGACCUGGAGGCAAAUGGUCCCGGGGGAAGGUCAUUCUUCUCGGCGACGCAGCGCAUGCGAUGCCACCCCGGGACGAAUCCGCCGCCUACGCCCUCGACGACUCAAUCAUGUUCUCCCGCAUCCUCGCACACCACCGCGACGAACCCCUCUGCGAGGUCUUUGCGCGCUACGAGGCCGUGCGGCGGGCCGCAGUCGAAGAGGCGUUCUCGGAGGCCGGCCGGAUGUGGAACACGCACCGGGAUAUGGGCUUCCUGGAGGGCCGGUGGAAAGAGUGGACCAUGCCCUGGGUGCUUUGGAAGAAUCGGGGCGCGAGGAAUGCCGCGUGGCGGUUUGAUGCUUAUGAUGUCUGA